UCAAUAAAUAGGGGGAACUCGAGUCUUUUGCGUUUAGUUGUUGCGUUGAUCUAGUCAGCGAAAUCGAGUUGUACUGCAGAUAGUUGUGAAUAUAUAUAUAUUUUUUUCCUUUCUUAUUUCCUUGCAAUUUUACUGACGUUUAACUUUAAUUUAUUCUGUUGUAUAAUUCGUCUGUCAUUAAAGAUGCUUGCAACUCGCUCACCACUCGACAAGAAGAAUGAAAACGCUAUCGCCACUAAAAUGGACAACAUUUCACUCGUUGACAAGGAAAACACGCCUCCCAGCCUGAACAUGACCCGGAUUCUGGCCUCGAAAACCGCGCGCAAAAUCUUUGACGAUUCUGAGUCCAAAGAUGCCAAGAAAUUCAACACUGAAGAAGAGCCACUCCUGAAGGAAAAUCCACGCCGGUUUGUAAUUUUCCCCAUCAAGUAUCAUGACAUCUGGCAGAUGUACAAGAAGGCAGAAGCUUCUUUCUGGACCGCAGAGGAGGUUGAUCUGUCCAAAGACACACAGCACUGGGAGUCUCUGAAGGACGAGGAGAGAUACUUCAUCUCUCACAUACUGGCUUUCUUCGCUGCUAGCGACGGAAUUGUCAACGAGAACCUGGUGGAGCGCUUUACACAGGAAGUCCAGGUGACAGAAGCAAGAUGUUUCUAUGGUUUCCAGAUUGCCAUGGAGAACAUCCACUCUGAGAUGUACAGCCUGCUCAUUGACACCUACAUCAAAGACCCCAAAGAGAGGGACUACCUCUUCAAUGCCAUUGAAACCCUCCCCUGUGUGAAGAGGAAGGCUGAUUGGGCCCUGAACUGGAUCGGCAACAAAAGCGCUGAAUUUGGUGAGCGUGUGGUUGCCUUUGCUGCUGUUGAGGGGAUCUUCUUCUCUGGAUCCUUUGCUGCCAUUUUCUGGCUGAAGAAGAGGGGGCUCAUGCCUGGCCUGACCUUCUCCAACGAGCUCAUCAGCAGAGACGAGGGCCUGCACUGUGACUUCGCCUGCCUCAUGUUCAAGCACCUGGUGAAUAAGCCCUCAAAGGAGACUGUCACCAAUCUGAUCAGGAACGCAGUGGAGAUUGAGCAGGAGUUCCUGACAAAAGCCCUGCCUGUAAAGCUGAUUGGUAUGAACUGUGACUUGAUGACUCAGUACAUUGAGUUUGUGGCUGACAGGCUAAUGCUGGAGCUGGGCUUUGACAAGAUCUACAGAGUGGAGAAUCCAUUUGACUUCAUGGAGAACAUCUCACUGGAGGGUAAGACUAACUUCUUUGAGAAGCGAGUAGGAGAGUACCAGAGGAUGGGUGUGAUGUCUGGCACCACAGACAACUCCUUCCGGCUGGAUGCUGACUUCUAAAGCACUGCUAAGCUCUUGAGACAUUGACACUUUCAACACUUGAAGAGGACACGGGCCAGGCUACAUGCCACUGGACUACCUCACUUUAGCUCCCAUCAUCCAUUUCUAAGGAUGCUUCUCAAAUGGCUCACUAUAUAGUGCACUGCUUUUGACCAGAGCCCCCAUGGGCCCUGGUCAAAAGUAGUGUGCGAUUUGGGACACAAACUAAGUCUUAAUUGUUGGGGCCACAGACAUCACAUGCACAUUACCAUUCACAACCCACCCUAUCUGCAGUACAACUCUGGUUUUAUGAUUUAUUUGUAUAGUAGCUUUUUAAAAUUGUUUUUAUCUGAGUUUCUGUUGUAAUAAAAUAUAAAAAUUCAA